AUGCAUUCAUCAUUAUUUCGAAAGCAUCUUAAUGAAAGAUAUUUUUCAUUACCACCAACUGAAGGUCUCGAAUCAAUAACAUCAUCAUGUCCAUCAACACCUCCUAUGUCAGCAACAUGGUUAAAACCUCCUCAAAUUCAUUUAUGUAUUAUGAAUGAUGAACAUCGUGAACAAGUUUUUGAUCUUGUUAUCGAUUCAUUUUUUCGUGAUGAACCAUUAAAUAAAUGUUUAGGUUUUGAAAUACCUCAUGAACCAACUGAAUUUACUGAACUUAUCCUUUCAAUUGCAUUACAAGAUCAAUGUUCAUUUGUUGCUAUUGAUGUACAAACAGAAAAAGUUAUUGGUGUUAUAUUAAAUAUAAUUAAAGAUCAAAUACCACUUACAACAAAUGAUAAUCGAAAUGAAUUAAUUAUCGAUAAUUUUCAAUCAGAAAAAUUACGUUAUAUAUUAAAUGUUCUUAAAAAAGUUCAUUGUAAUAUUGAUUUAUUUGAUGAAUUAAAAACUGAUCGACUUUUACAUAUUGUUAUUAUUGCUAUCGAUGCACAUUACCGUGGUUUACGAUUAACAGAAAAAUUAAUACGUGCAAGUAUAGAACGUGCUAAAAAUGAUUUAGAUAUAACGGCUGCUUUUUCCGAAGCAACAAGUCUUUAUUCAUCGAAAGCAUUUCGUACACAAGGUUUUCAAAUAUAUGAUGAAGUUAUCUAUGCAAAAUAUGAUGAUACACGUUUAGCUAGUCUAGCUGGUGAACAUGAUCGAUGUCAAUUAGUUGCUAAAGCCUUAUAA